UGACACCAAAUUUAGCGCCAAACCGUAAGUCGACCUAAAGAAACUAUUUAAAACUUGUUCAUAUGCAAAUGUGUUUAAAUAGUUUUAAUUAUUUUGAAUUUUAAUAUAAAUAUUUUUAAAUAGAAUUCAAUUAUUGUUAACUGGAUUAAAUAUUUCUAAUCAGUUAAUAAAUUUCAUGACCAGAAGUAAUUAUAAUGGAUUUUAAAAUUAAAAGAAAAACUACAAAGACUAUUGUUACUGGUAGUCUUAUAGACACGUAUCCCAUUGACUUGCAAUUCUAUAAGAUUCCACCAACUGAAAAUAUAUCGUUACAAGAAUUUGAAACAUUGGCUUUGGAAAGACUCACACUUCUAAGAUGUUUAGCUACAGCAACCACUUUAAAAGGUCUGAGGAUGUAUUCCGAAGAGUGGACAGAAUACGUAUUAAGUGAUUUGAGAAGUCAAGGCUUAAAAUAUUACUCUAAACUCUGCGAAAAAUCUGGUUGUGGCACACAAGAAAUUGAUUUACAAGCCAGAAAGAAAGAUCAUAUUGCUCAUUUUAUUCUGAGACUGGCUUAUUGUAGAACAGAGGAUCUCCGUCGUUGGUUUGUAGCUAGAGAACUUGAGUUGUUCAAAAUGAGAUUUCUGACUAUGAAAAGUGAUGCCGUUGAUACUUUCUUCAAAUUAAAUAAUCUUAGCUAUACCAAUAUAUCAGAUGAUGAAAAAAAAGAAAUAAUGCCUUAUCUAAGAGACUCAACAUUCCAUCAAAGCAAUCAAAACAUUGAGUCUUUUAAAUUUUAUAAAGUAAGAUUCCAUGAAGUGCUAGACUUGGUCAAAGCUAGAAAAGUUUAUUUGCGUGAUGGGUAUGCUUAUAUACCACAUAAAGACUUUAUUUCAGUACUUUCUGCCCAAUAUAGAACGCAUUUGCGUCAAAGUCUUGCCAUUGCUUGCAGGCAUUUAGGAGAAAUUGAACAAGAUGAAAGGCUUGUUGCUUUAUUAAAAGGCUUACAUCAGUCAUAUGCAGGAAAUGAUUAUACAAGUGAUAUUAAAACUACUAUUCCUAUUGAAAGUAUUAACAGCCUUUCCAUUAAAUCAUUUCCCUUUUGUAUGCGUCAAUUACAUGAACAAUUGCGCUCGGUCCAUCACCUUAAGCAUGGUGGCAGGCUUCAGUACGGAUUAUUCUUGAAGGGCAUAGGAGUCACCCUAGAAGAUUCAUUAAGGUUUUGGAGGGAAGAAUUUACGAAAAUUAUGGAGUCAGAUAAAUUUGAAAAGCAGUAUGCAUAUAACGUAAGAUAUAAUUAUGGCAAAGAAGGCAGUAAGAAAAACUAUGCACCAUUUAAUUGUUUAAAAAUUAUCAACACCAAUGUUGGACCUGGUGAAUGUCAUGGCUGCCCAUUUAGACACAGCGACUUAAAUGUUCUGAAGAAUAAGUUAAAAGGCUAUGGACUGGAAGGUCAAGCAGCCAAUGAUAUUGUAGAUAUGACUAAAAAGGGUCAUUACCAGAUUGCUUGCAGCAAAUAUUUUGAUGCAAUUCACAACACAGAUCUUGGUAUAGGAAUAAAUCACCCAAAUCAAUAUUUUGAAGAAAGCCAAAAACUAAUUAAAGGUGAUGUCAAGUUGGAACCCAAAAAAGAAACUAAAUCUAGUAAUAUUAACAUAAAAAAAGAAGAAUGUUUAGAAGAUAUGGAUUUUGAAGAGAUCACCGAAUGAAAAGAAUAACAGAACAUGGUUGGAAAUUUAUUAAUAAUUACUAUUAUUUACAAUUAAAAUAUCACUAUUUUCUCUUUAUAUACAUAGCCCUUUUUGUCAUACGACCACAAUAUAGACCAAAUAUAAAAAUUAAGCCCACAAUGGAUAUCCCUACAACUAGAAAAUAUUUCUUAGACGGUGAAGAUGAUAUUUCAGUGUAGACGUCUCCCAAAUUUUCGAUUACAUUUACCUGAAAAAAAAGUUCUGAUUAAUAUAAAGUAUGUAUAUGUUACCAAGUUCUAAGUGGUUUAGAUAUGUACAUAGAUAGUGUAAAUCACUCAAUGAAAUCUUAAUAGUUUUUUUUUUGUA